CAGCGCGCUCCACUUCUCCUCUCCUCUCUAGCCGUGUGCCUGCGUACAGACGGACCUACCGACCGCGUAAAUACGCUUUUAUCUCUCAAUAGACGGACAAUAAGGACACAGAUGUCUCCACUAUUCACUUUAGGAGCGUUUCCGCACUGAACUGAAUUACCGGUUCAUUCAUCACGCCUUCGUUUUCUCACCAUUUUAAAUGAAAAAAAUGACAUUGGCGUGGAAUUGUGGUGGACGGUUUUACUUGAAAGUGUGGACGUGCUUUUUCAGCCUUGCAGUGCACAGGACUCUAUCUAUACCUGCUAAUGAAGUGAACUUACUGGACUCUCGCUCUGUCAUGGGGGACCUUGGGUGGAUAGCCUACCCAAAGAAUGGGUGGGAGGAGAUAGGUGAGGUAGAUGAGAACUAUGCUCCGAUCCACACGUACCAGGUGUGUAAAGUGAUGGAACACAACCAGAACAAUUGGCUCCAGACCAACCUCAUCCUCAACGAGGGGGCUCAGAGGGUGUUCGUGGAGCUACAGUUCACCCUGAGGGACUGUAACAGCCUUCCGGGUGGCGUGGGUACCUGCAAGGAGACCUUCAACAUGUACUACUAUGAGUCUAACGAUGAGGAGGGGAGGAACCUCAGGGAGAGCCAGUACUCUAAGGUAGACACCAUCGCUGCUGACGAGAGCUUUACAGAGUUAGACCUGGGAGACAGAGUGAUGAAGUUGAAUACAGAGGUUAGGGAUCUGGGACCGUUGACGAAGAAGGGGUUCUACCUGGCUUUUCAAGACCUGGGAGCCUGUAUAGCGCUGGUUUCUGUCAGGGUGUUCUAUAAGAAGUGUCCCUUCAUAGUGAGGAACCUAGCUCAGUUCCAGGACACUAUUACAGGUUCGGACUCCUCCCAGCUACUGGAGGUGGCAGGAAACUGUGUCAACAACUCGGUGGCGGAGGACCUACCUAGGAUGCACUGCAGCGCAGAGGGGGAGUGGCUAGUGCCCAUCGGGAAGUGUGUGUGCCAGGCGGGGUUUGAGGAAGUGAAUGACAGUUGUCAAGUCUGCAGAGCGGGAUUCUUCCGAUCGGUGCUGCAGACCCCUGCCUGCAGUAAAUGUCCUCCUCACAGCUUCACCAGAGUCCAGGGUUCCGUAGGUUGUACCUGUGAGGAAGGAUACUAUAGGAGAGACAGUGACCCGCCUAACAUGGCCUGUACACGACCACCUUCUGCUCCUCGUAAUGCCAUUUCCAAUGUAAACGAGACGUCGGUCUUCCUGGAAUGGGCGGUUCCCGAGGAGACUGGCGGCAGGAAGGAUGUCAGCUAUAACAUCCUGUGUCGUAAGAUCAGCGUUGACAGCAGACACUAUGAGGAGUGUGAGAGCACGGUGCGGUUCCUGCCCCAACGCAACAGUCUCAGGAACAACUCUGUGAUGGUGGCAGAUCUUCUGGCUCACACCAACUACACGUUCGAGGUGGAGGCCGUCAAUGGAGUGUCUGAGCUCACCAACCCCGGACGACAGUUUGUCUCUCUCAACGUCACCACCAACCAGGCAGCCCCGUCUCCUGUGAGUGUGGUGCGGAAAGGGAAUUCUGGGAAGAACAGUAUCUCUGUGUCGUGGCAGGAGCCAGACAGACCCAACGGGAUAAUCCUGGAGUACGAGAUCAAAUACUUUGAGAAGGACCAGGAAACCAGCUACACCAUCAUCAAGUGCAAGGAAACAGAAAUCGUAGCUGACGGGCUGAAGCCAUCAUCAGUCUACAUUUUCCAGAUCAGAGCCAGAACAUCAGCCGGGUACGGAGGAUUCAGCCGACGCUUCGAGUUUGAGACCAGCCCCUACUUAGCUGCAUCCAGUGACCGGUCUCAGUUCCCCAUCGUCGCUGUGGCCAUCACUGUAGGGGUUAUUCUACUGGCCCUGGUGACUGGCUUACUGCUUAGUGGAAGGCGGUGUGGCUACAGCAAGGCCAAGCAGGAACCUGAUGAAGAGAAGAUACACUUCCACAACGGCCACAUUAUGUACCCGGGGGUGCGUACGUAUGUAGACCCCCACACCUAUGAGGACCCCAACCAGGCCGUCCAUGAGUUCGCCAAGGAGAUCGAUGUUUCCUGCAUCACCAUUGAGAGAGUCAUUGGAGCUGGUGAGUUCGGGGAGGUGUGUAGUGGACCCCUUCGUCUGCCUGGUAAGAAGGAGUUCCCAGUAGCCAUUAAGACCCUGAAGGCAGGUUACACAGAACGACAACGGCGGGACUUCCUAGGGGAGGCGUCCAUCAUGGGACAGUUUGAUCAUCCAAACAUCAUCCACCUGGAAGGCGUGGUCACCAAGACAAAACCUGUGAUGAUCAUCACGGAGUACAUGGAGAAUGGAUCACUAGACACCUUCCUCAAGAAGAACGAUGGCCAGUUCACAGUGAUCCAGCUGGUUGGGAUGCUGCGUGGUAUGGCGUCAGGCAUGCGCUACCUGUGUGACAUUGGAUACGUGCACCGGGACCUGGCGGCGCGUAACAUCCUGGUCAACAGCAACCUGGUGUGUAAGGUGUCUGACUUUGGCCUGUCCAGAGUCCUGGAGGAUGAUGCCGAGGCUGCAUAUACGACCAGGGGCGGUAAAAUCCCUAUCCGCUGGACAGCUCCAGAAGCGAUAGCGUUCAGGAAGUUCACCUCCGCCUCUGACGUGUGGAGCUACGGCAUCGCCAUGUGGGAAGUGAUGUCAUACGGAGAGAGACCCUACUGGGAGAUGAGUAACCAGGAUGUUAUUAAGGCAGUUGAGGAGAGCUACCGUCUUCCUGGCCCUAUGGACUGUCCUGUAGUUCUGUACCACCUGAUGAUGGCCUGCUGGCAGAAGGACAGGAACAGCAGACCCAAGUUUGAGGAGAUCGUCUGUCUGCUAGACAAACUGAUACGCAACCCCAGCAGUCUCAAAGCCCUGGUCAACUCUUCACACAGGGUGUCUAAUCUAGUGGAGCCUGGCAGUGUGGACUCUGAGGGCAGCGUGUCUGCGUCAGUAGCCCUGAUGGAGGCCAGUGGGUACCAGUCUAUAGAGGAGUGGCUGAAGGGGAUUAAGAUGGGUCGCUACGUGGAGAUUUUCGUGGACAGUGGAUACACCUCAGUGGAAGUGGUCUCCCACAUGACCCUGGAUGACCUGAGGAGGGUUGGGGUGAACCUGGCUGGACAUCAGAAGAAGAUAAUCAACAGCAUCCAGGAGAUGAGAGUUAGCCUGGUGAAUAAUACUAUACCCAUCUGACCUCUAACCCCUUACCCUACAGCCAGAUGUACGGUAUGGGCACUGCAGUACCAAUCUGACCUUUGAACCUAGGGUCAGACAUGAUGAACUUUACAGGACCAAUCUGACCACUGAUAGAGGCCAGAUGUAUGACCUUUACAGGACCAAUCUGACUGCUGCUAGAGGCCAGAUGUAUGAACUUUACAGGACCAAUCUGACCACUGAUGGAGGCCAGAUGUAUGACCUUUACAGGACCAAUCUGACUGCUGAUAGAGGCCAGAUGUAUGACCUUUACAGGACCAAUCUGACUGCUGAUAGAGGCCAGAUGUAUGACCUUUACAGGACCAAUCUGACCACUGAUGGAGGCCAGAUGUAUGACCUUUACAGGACCAAUCUGACUGCUGAUAGAGGCCAGAUGUAUGACCUUUACAGGACCAAUCUGACCACUGAUAGAGGCCAGAUGUAUGACCUUUACAGGACCAAUCUGACCCUACUCCCACCAGGCAGAUAGAUAGACCUAUGGAUCUAGUGGUCUAGAACCUUCCAUGAACAUAUGAACAUGAUGUAUUUAUUGACGGAAACAAACUGAAACACAACGGAUGUGACUUAAUGAACUGAGGAACACUGAAGAGCGCUUGGUGUUGAACAUUUGUGUCUUUGUGACCUGAACCCCUCUACUGGGUGGAGUGAGAGGAGCAGACUCUGUGUAGUUAAGUACUCUCAGGGAUGGAAGUCACUGGCCAGCCGGGAAAGUAAACAGUGAAUCAUACAAGCCCGGGUAAAAUUCGGUUCCAAAAUCUGUGCCAUGAAAUGUUUUAAAAGACCAUCUUGUUUGGCACAUUUUCUCCCAGUCCAGUCUGAAGAGCGCUAGCUGAGUACUCUUCCUGGAUGGGACUCAGACAUGGGAGUCGGUCUCUUGGCUGAAUGUAUGGCACUUCA